AUGUCGUGUCGUACCAUUUUUGGUUCGAUCUUCUUCAUUUUUCUUCUCGCUUCUUGUGUGGCUCUCUUCGUUCUCCACAGUCUCUACUUUAUUCUGAGGACCGCUUCGGACACCGAGCAAACCGAAACCAAAUUCCGAAAUGAGAAGCAGCUUCAUAUUCCUGGUUUAGUCAUCUGCAAUCGAGCGCCCUUCUCACAAGACGGAAUCAACAACGUCAAUGUGAAUUUAAGGCAGGAGCAAGCAUUAAGUUGA